AUGUCGAACAAGGAAGAUACACUCAGAUGGUGUGGAUCAAAAUCUGGGCAGUAUUCGUUCAAAAUUGGCUAUGGCAUUUUAGAAAAUUUGGCAGCAAGGGUGGACUAUCCAACUAAACUGUUGUGGAGUUCUCCUAUCCUCUCGAAAGCAGGAGCUUUCUCAUGGCUGGUUUUAAGAAAGAGAAUCCUAACUAGAGAAAGACUGUGCAGAUUAGGCUUCCUGGGCCCAUUUAGGUGCACAAUGUGUAAGAGUGCAGAAGAAACUCUGGAUCAUCUAUUACUCCAAUGUGAGGAGGCACAGAAGGUACGGAAAUUCCUUCUUGUAUGGGAAAUUUGUAAGGAGCGAAAUAGGAGAAUUUUCCAAGAUAAAUCAAAAUCUGAGGAGAAGUUGUGUGCAAGGGUGGAAAGGGAAAUAGCUGAAGCGGUAUCUGUGGCAGCCAGGAAUCAUAAUUUAACAAAACAUUCAUUCACAAAUGAAGAAAGAGAUAUCCAAGCAAAUUGGCCUAUGAUCCAUUGCCAACCUAUUAAUGGGUCUUCAGGGGUUGAUCCAGUUCUUUCUGUAGAGAAGGUUAAAUGGGAACCACCGAGCAAACAGUGGAUAAAGAUCAAUUUCGAUGGAGCAUCAAAAGAAAACCUAGGAACCUUAAGUGUGGGUGUGGUGGCAAGAGACGACAAUUGA